GGUCGACUAUGAACAACCUCCUCAGGACUCUCACUGCAAGCCAAGUCAAGUCUUCGUUACCGGAAUCUGAGCUCAAGUUAUUAUUAAGCGCCGUCAAGGAAACCCGGAGGACUUCGAGUGACCCUCAGAAACUUGUAGAUGCGUUCUACGAUUCUCUGGAGGGUCUCCUCCAUGACCUUCGCAUGGUCACGAUGGACAAUCGCGACGCAGAGGCCUUCUUGAAACCAGUGGCGAAGUCUGAGGUACCGGAUUACUAUGAAAUCAUCACGAACCCGAUGGACCUCCAGACCAUGCUCAAGAAGGUUAAGCAACGGCACUACAAGUGCAAGAAGGAGUUUAAGGACGAUCUGGACCUAAUAUGGUCCAAUUGCUUCUUGUACAACGCGACCGAGGACCAUCCUCUUCGGCAAUGUGCCUCAAGACUCAAGGCCAAGGCGGAAAGAUUGCUCAAGAACAUCACAGACUACAAGGAGCGCACCGAUCCCAUUAUCCCAGGCGAGGUACCCUUCCGAGGCAUCACUCCUCGGGUCAACGGCAUUACGCUAAAUGGAACGUCUCAUCAUUUCCCUGGCUCCGUCUUCCGCUCGCCCAGCCCGACAAAGCAAGCCGCUCCUUUGCCCGGUCAGUCGAAGAAGAUCCAGCGGGACACCACGUUCCCGGAGUCAUCGGCAUAUGUCCGCACGCAAGCAGGCAUGAGGACAUUCCUGCAGCUCGAGCGCGAUGUCGAUGAGUAUCUUUCGCGUACGCCUGUGUCGGAAGAGACCGAUCCCACUGUGCAGCAGUUGAAGGAGCGCUUGUUGCGGUACGCCGUGCGGUUAGAAGACGACGCAGAGCCCGAUGGAGCGUUGAGUACGGUGGAUGGGGAGGUUGGUGUGAAGCGGAAGUUGAACGGCUUCGUCGAUGAUCGACCCCGCAAGCGUGCACGGAUGCAUAGCCAGAGCCCAGCGGACAAGGACGUCAUCGAGAUGUGGUGGGACGCCAUGUGCUCCGAUGAGAUGCUCGCCAACGGCCUACCCUCGCUUACCCUUUCCGCCUGCGAUGAUGUGUCAUCGCCAGCGUUCUCCAAUGCAAUCACAGACUCUCCACGGAGUUCAAUGCGCCGAAAGAAGAAAAAGAAGAAGGAAACAACGUCACCCGACACCCUCUUAUACCACAUGAACAACAACAUCCGCACGCUCCGGAGAGUCCGCACAACACAUGCUAAGUUAACGGCGCUCAACCAGAGCCUAGAGGAGAAUGUUGGGGUUGCUGAACUCCCCAUUCAUGACAUACAGGCGGAUUUAGACGAUGUAAUCGAUGAGCGGCCGUGGAAGCCAACGGGAGCAGGCAUCGACAUGGGCGAGGAGAAUGCGACCAAUUGUUUGCAUUGGAUGGGAAGCAAGGUCCUUGAACAUGUAGGCUUCCAGGGGACAUCGAAGAUGGCGUUGGAUACCCUUGCGAGCGUUACCGCGGAAUACUUGCAGAAUGUCGGUCGGACGAUUCGAUUCAUAUGCGAUAAGUAUGGAAAUCAGAUGACUGCUGAGGAAAUUAUACUACAUACACUCUUCGAGAGCGGUAUCACACAAGUCACCGAUCUCGAGCGGUACAUCAAAGACGACGUUCUACGCUAUGGCGGGCGACUAACGGAACUCGAGAAGAAGUUAGGCAACGCAUACCGAGAGGCGACCACUGAGGAGGCCUGGGAUGACGAAGCCCUCUUCCGUAUGGAAGGUGAGGAGGAAGAAGGCGAAUUCGUCAUGGGCAACUUCGCGGAAUCCUUUGGCGAGGACUUCUUUGGUCUCAAAGAACUUGGCAUCGCCGAUGAGUUCGGGCUCUCUAGUCUUACAAUACCCAAGCGGCUACUUAAAGGGAAGAAGGGCGGGCUCAAAGAGGGGCCUUCGACUGCGAAGCCUACGGAACCUCCACCGCCCUUCCCGCCGCCUCCACCGUUCAUACCCCUCGAUUCAAACACCGUCGACAAUCAAAUUGGUCUGCUCAAGUCGUUCUAUCAGGGUCGCGUCGCCGAGAUCUCCUCCGCGCUCGUUGCACCACCACCGGGACCAAGUCAUCCACUUCAGUCAACAGGUGCACUCAUUGGUAUCCCACCGUCGUCCACAUCCUCCCUUCCAUCUAUCCUAGUCAACCCGGCUUCUGGUCCCUCGACCGCCGGUCCCACUCAUGUCGGCCCGACCGAAGUUACUCAGGUCUUCAUCAUUCCAGACGAAUCCCCUAGCCCCUCGCAUACGAAGAUCGGGCCUCUUGGCACCAUCAACAAAGCGGCUCCUUCAGCGAGCACUGCAAAGAAGAAGAGCAAGGCCAAGCCUCCCGCGCCCGCUCCUGGGCCACCUCUUCCGCCAGGAUCCGCUGGUGUGGAUGGAGACGCGCCGCCGGUCACCCCCGGGCCGCCUCUUCCGCCUCCGCUCAUGCACUCAUCGAGCACGGGCGGUGUGGGCGACUCGAAGAAGGGCAAGGGUGCCAGCACGCCGAGCAAGAAGAAGGCGAAGGUCGAGCCUUUUCCUCCUGUUGUCAUGGCGAGCGCUUGACGACGCGUAAUCGUGGGGAAUUAAGUUAGUCUGGACACUCGCUCUUUUUGCGAUACGUGUUGGGCGUCGCGCAAUUGUCUUGAUGACCUCAUUGAGUAUGUAUUGCUUUCUGGAUUGGAUGCUACUGUUGGAUUGAAUCUAUCUGUAUCAUUAUCGUAUAUGCAUGCUUCUGCGUGCGGAUGUCAUUUCCCC